AUGUCAUUGUAUUAUCAAUUAAAAAAAAAUAUAAUAGAACCAAAAAGAGAAAUAGAAUUCAAGGACUUUAAAAUUCGAAAUCAAUAUUUAGUUGUUAAAUAACUUAAGAACAGAAACAUAUUUUAUUUCUAGAAUCUAAGUCCAUUUAGUCCUAAUAGAGUUAAACAUCUUCCAAAGUUAAGAUUGCCUAGUCUUCCUCAUUCUGAUAGCAAUUAAUAAUAUCUUUCUAAAAGUCCUAAGAAUAUUCCAUAAAGGAGCAUUAUAGAAUAUCCUUAUUUACAAUUGCUAAGUUAAUAAAGUUAAGAUUUAAAGGAAUUUGUAAUCCAAUAACGACCAGUUGAUAAACUAAUUUAAAAAAAGAAAGAAAAAACAGUAUUUUAAACAGAUGAUUUGAACUUUGAAUAUAGAUAACCUAAAAAUCUAAGGAAAUACUCCUUAUAAAUUUAAGAUGAUAAGAAGUAAUAUAUUUUACAUUAAAAUAUAGAUUUAAUUUAAGUCCAAAAAAUAAAUAAAUUUGAUUUUUUACAAUUAUUCAUAUUUAAUAUUUGUUAGAAAUUUAUAAUCAUCACUUCUAUUUUGUAAAAAACAUUGAAUUAUUAAUGGAAAAUAAUAAACAAAUUUGAUUUAAUAUAUAAGCACAUUUUAAAAUUAAAUAAAAUCUUUUUUUAUUUAAGAAAGCAUUUCAUGGGAAUUUCAAGAGACAGUAGACACAAAAGAAGACUUACUGGAGGUCGUAUGCCUAUCCAUAAGAAAAAGAGAGCCUUUGAAAAAGGAAGAUAAGCAGCAAUGACUAAAUUAGUAUCAGGAGAAAAGAGAGUAAGAAGAUUAAGAGUCAGGGGAGGAAAUUUCAAAUUCAGAGCUCUUCGUUUAUCUGAAGGCAAUUUCUCUUGGGGAAGCCAAGGAAUUGCUAAAAAAGCUAAAAUUGUUGAGGUUGUUUAUCAUCCAUCAAAUAAUGAAUUGGUAAGAACAAAGACACUUACUAGAGGAGUGAUUGUUUAAGUAGAUGCUGCUCCAUUUAGAUAAUGGUAUGCAAAGAAAUAUAAUGUAGAAUUGGGAUCAAAAAAGAAGGAUAAGAAAGUAAUUAUUAAAAUAUUAAAUUAGGAAGGACAACCUGAAUAAACUAAGAAAUCAAGAAGUCUAAUUAAGAAAUUAGAACAAAGAGCAAAGGAAAAUGCUAUUGAUGCAUUGGUUUAAGAAUAAUUUACAAAUUAAAGAUUAUUGGUAAGAAUUACAUCAAGACCAGGAUAAUCAGGUAGAGCUGAUGGUUAUAUUUUGGAAGGAAAGGAAUUAGAAUUUUAUAUUAAGAAAGUCGAAUAAAAGAAGAAAUGAU